AAGAAGAAGAAGAAACAGAAAUCAUCUCUCUCUUCAUCUCUCUCUCUCUGGCACGUCAUCGAACGGGAGAGACUUACAAUUCCAAAUACCCUUGAACAGGUCUUCCUUCGUCUCUAUCUUCCAAAACCCUCCUUUCCUUAUCUCGAUUACUGCCGCUUUCUCUCUUUUUACACCAAUUUGAUCGAUCAUCUGACUCUGUUUCUACUGUUCUGUAAGGGGGCGAUCAAAAGCUCCCUUCUUUAUGAGGAUUUCUUAUACUCAACAGGAACCCUAGUUUUUGGGGUUCAGGAAACGAGAUAAGAUGUUUUCCUGGAACAUCGCCAAGUCGGCGGAGGGGAUGUUCUCUCGUUGGGCUGUCAAGAGACUCUGCAAGUUUCUUCUCAAGAAGAAAUUGGGACAAUUCAUUCUCGGUGACAUUGAUCUUGACCAGCUUGAUGUUCAACUUGGCGCUGGUACCAUUCAGCUAGCUGAUCUUGCUCUCAAUGUCGACUUUCUUAAUGAUAAGUUAGGUGAUUUAGCUGCUGUUACUAUUAAAGAGGGUUCUAUUGCUUCUCUAUUGGUUACAAUGCCUUGGAAAGGUAAAGGAUGUCAAAUUGAGAUAGAUGAACUGGAAGUUGUGAUUGGUCCUUAUCGGAGAGAUGUAACUGAACUUUUAAAACCCGAGACAUGUAUUGCGAACGAAGGCUUUAAACCCACGACAAGUCACAAUUCCGGAACACAUUAUCAUGAAAAAGUGUCCAAUGCUUCUACUAUGGACGUGCACGAAGGAGUUAAAGCCAUUGCUAAAAUGGUGAAAUUGUUGCUGACUAGCUUCCACGUGAAAGUUAAAAAGUUGAUUGUUGCUUUUGAUGAUUCCACGGAAACAAUUGAAAAACAUACAGAUGUCUCCAGAACGUUGAUUCUACGAGUUUCUGAUAUAGAGUGCGGGACAUCUAUUUCAGAAGAUGUUAAUACUGAAGCUGAUAAUUUCCUUGGUUUAAGCCAAUUGACAAAUUUCGUAAAAUUUGAAGGAGCUGUUCUUGAAUUUCUGCAUUCGGAGGCUAUUCUAAAUCCUGGAUCUAGUUUUGGUGAAAGGUUUUCUUCAUGUCCUAGUAGUGCUAAGACUCCUGUUAUUACUGGACAAAGAGGAGUUGGAUUUUCUGGAACCCUAAAACUGAGCAUGCCAUGGAAGAACGGUACACCUGAUACUCGCAGAGUGAAUGCUGAUAUAUAUGUUGAUCCUUUAGAGAUAAGAUUCCAACCGAAGUCCUUGGCUUGGUUAUUGGAUGUGUGGGAAGUUAUUAAAAUUUCUGGCGAGAACAACAAGGGUUCCUCACAGAUCAAUUGUGCAGAGUCGGUUUAUUUCAAUGCACUCUCUGCAUCAACUUUCUCUGGUCAGACAGAUAGAAGGAUGAUGCAGUCAUGCAACAAAAGUUAUCCCUCUGAUUCUUCUUUCAGCGUUGAGAAUGUAUUAAAUGUACUACUUUCAGAUUCGCACGUUAUAUCAGACUGGGUGCCAUUAGGUUUCAGUGAAAGCAAGAAUAACGGAAUUGUUGAAGAACCAGAUUUUGAGGCCAGUUUUGAACAAUUUUUCGAAUGUGUUGAUGAGUUAAGAAGUUCUCAAUCAGCAUUAGGAAACAGUGGAGUGUGGAAUUGGACUUGCUCAGUUUUUAGUGCAAUCAAUGCUGCAUCUAACCUCUCUUCGGGGUCCCAAUACAUUCCUACAGAUCAGCAACAUGUGCAAACCAAUCUUAAAGUCACAAUAUCUGGGAUAUCUGUAAUUCUUUCCCUCCUUGAUAAUGACCAGCAGCAAUCAUGUGGUGUGAACAAUCAUCUGAAGGACAUUGGCUCAAAAGUUCACUAUAUAGCUGUAAAGAGUCGAGAUAUACAAAUUGACUUGCAGGUAUGUCCACAACAAAUUAACGUUAAAGCAACAGUGGAGCAAGUGGAUGUCACUGACUGCUUUAGUUAUGCGAAAGAUCCUAUGAAUGGUGACUUGAACUGUUAUGCGGAAAAUGUUGAGAGUCAGAUAUCUUCUAUCCAUCAAGUUCAAGCUGCAGUUCAGAAUGCCCUCCCUCUGUUUUCAACAUCUAAUCAAGAUGCUGAAAUGGGCAAGCAAAGAACAUCACUCGAUGGUGAAUCUUCCAGCAAAUGCAACUCAAAAUCAACUUGUGUAUGCAUUUACAGAGAGGAUGUUGUAAAAGUUAACUUGUUUAAAACCUUGGGUGUUGUUCAAUUCAAGCUUAAUAAGAAAUCAAGUCCCGAUACUGAAAGUUCUACGGGAUCAUCAUCUUUUUCAUUGAAGCUUCCAGAGUUCGUUUUAUGGGUGAACUUCGAUCUGAUAAGUUUGGUUCUGAGCCUUUUUAGCGAAGUUGGGGAAGACGUAAAAAAGAAAAGAAUGAGAGAUUGUUCCACGUCUAAUGGUGUUUCAUGUCAACAAGAAAGAGAAAGGAACUCUUGUCCUCAACUGACAAAAUCUACACAAGAAAGAUUAAGAGGUCAUAUUUUCCUACCUAAAGCAAGGCUGAUAUUAGGUUUCCCUGUUCAGAAUGAUGGAGAUUUUAGUAGCUACAUUUCCUGGAAUAGAUUUGUUGUCCUUGACCUUACCCCACCAUUGAGUUUGCUUACAGAGGACUUUCCGAUAGCAAAUCCUCAAAAGAAAUAUUCAUUAAAAACCUCACAGUCCUUGCAUUUGAACAUGGGCAACCUUGAAAUUUAUCUAAUUUCCUCUGCCCAUGACAAUUUGAAGCAGAAAUUUCUUCCACAAAAGAUCAUAUCUGUCACUAGUGAAAAUGGCCGGCUUUCUGUUGUUUCCAUUCUCUGGCAGGAGGGUGUUGUUACUGGAUCUUGGGUAACAAAAAGGGCCAAGCUUCUGGCCACUUCAGAAGACUCAAGGAGGAGUAGAAAUAGGUUUGUGGGAAAAGGUUUUGAGUUUACAUCUGUUGCCAGUGUUAAAAAUAUGGAAAAUAACAAUAGUCAUGCACGAGAAGAAAUAAUUUCAAGUUCUUCAAUGUUCAUUCAUGCUAAGUUUCCUUCCAUUACAGUAAAACUGAAUGCUUUUGAGUACAAUGACAUGCACAAUCUUUUACAUCAAUUGAGUAAAUGGAUUGCAUGCAUACCGCAUGAUCAGGUUGGCAAUGGAGAAGAAGCUGGUGUUGAUCAAUCAUCUGUCUUUGUGGAGUGUGAUUCUGCCGAAGUUUCUAUCUGCUUGAGCAAUAUAGAGAAUGUGAAAGGUCCAAUUGAAAGUGAACUUCCUGGAUCCUGGCAUAGUUUAAAACUGCAAAUCAAAAAAUUUGAUUUGCUUUCAGUUUCAAAUGUUGGAGGAAUUUGUGAUGCCAAAUUUCUUUCGAUUGCACAUGGUGAAGGUAAUUUAUGGGGUUCCAUAACUGGAGUCUCUGACCAAGAAUUUUCCCUGAUCUCAUGUACCAAAUCGACAACAGGGCGUGGUGAUGGAGAAGGGUCUAAUAUACUCACUUUAAAGCCUGCUGGUACAGACAUUGUUUUCUUUUGGGAUCCUGAAGGUCUUCAUACGUAUACAUGCAUAAAUGUGUGGUGCUGCACCAUCGUGGCCAUAGGUGGUCGCUUGGAUUGGUUUGAUGCAAUUGCAUCAUUUUUUCAUUUGCCUUCUCCUGAAAAUGAACAGUCGGGUGAUACUACUUUGUCAGAAGAGAAAUAUGCCCAAAACAAAUCUUGUGGAUCGACUUUUGAUCUUAACUUGGUGGAUGUUGGUCUGAGUUACGAACCUUAUUUGAAGAACUUCAUAGUGAACAAUGCUCAUGAUUGUGACUCUAGCUUUGUGGAAGUGGAUGAAGAAACUGUGCAAUAUUUUGCUGGUAUUCUGGCAGCUUCUUCCUUGAAACUUUCCAAUAAAUCCCUCGCAGCAUGUUCUAACAGUGUAUACAAAAUUAGACUGCAAGAUCUAGGAUUACUUAUCUGUCCCAUUUCUAAGCACAACAACUUUGGUGGCUCAUAUAGUGUAGAAAAUCUCCGGAAGCUAGGUUAUGUUAAAGUCGCUCAAGAAGCAUUGCUUGAAGCGAGUAUAAGGACAAAUCCCAGUGAUUGCCUUGUCUGGGAAGUAGAAUGCCCAGAGUCUCACAUUUAUGUGGGUACUUGUCAUGAUACUACUUUUGGGCUCAUUCGUCUGGCUGCUCAACUCCAACAAAUAUACGCUCCUGAUAUGGAGGAAUUGAUGGUCCACUUGCAAACUAGGUGGAACAAUGUCCAACAGGCACAAGCAGCUAACUUGAAUACUGUAUCUUCUGUAUCAUCAUCUACCCAAGAACGCAGUUCAUGUUCAGACGGGAAAAAUGAAGGAAAUGUUACUAAUUGGAUGGACGAAAUACGUGAUGGUGCAUUUGACUUCAAUGGCCAAGCUAGCAUCGAGUCUAAUUUGGAGACGAAAAGCUCUGAGAGUCGCUCCUGUGAUGUAUCAGUUUCUGGUUCAGUGCCUAUCAUCAAUUUGGAGACAGGCCAGGCAUCAGUUAUACAAACAAGCUUUCCAGGUUUAAUAGAAGGCUAUUUCUUAACUGAGUUACACUCUUCACCAAAAGUAUCCAAUGAUAACUUAUCUCCCCAUCAAACGUUGAACCCCAGAUCCUGUGGUAUUAUAAAGAGAGAUGUUGAAGAAAUAAGCAAUGGAUGGUAUGAGGAUUCCUCCUUAAUGCUUGUAGAAAACCAUGUUUCUCGUGCCAACAAGGAAGCUAAUCCCCAACAACUUGGAGCUGGGUAUCCUAGUCAUAGUAACUGCAAGAAAUUGGGUUCUGGAAGUAUCAAAGGACGUGUAAGUUUUAAAAGUAUUAAUAUUUGCUGGAGAAUGUAUGGUGGAUCUGAUUGGCAUGUGUUUCGGGAAGAUGCCCAAAAUCCUCCCAGAAUUUCUGGAAGAGAUAAGACUGUCUGCCUGGAACUUGCAUUAUAUGGAGUAGAUUUGCAGUAUGAUGUUUACCCUGAGGGUGGUAUACACAUUUCAAGGCUUCUGUUAUCUGCAAAAGACUGUCAUCUUACUGACAAAAGCAAAGACGCUCCCUGGAAACUGGUCCUAGGAUAUUAUCAGAAGAAGGGUCGUCCAAGAGAAUCCUCUUCAAAGGCAUUCAAGCUCGAGUUGGAAGCUAUCAGACCAGAUCCUUUGACCCCUCUUGAAGAAUACAGGACACGUGUGAUGUUGCUUCCUAUGCGUUUGCAUCUUCACCAGAGCCAGCUUGAUUUUCUUAUAAACUUCUUUGGAGGAAGAAGCUCUUCUGAGCAGUCAUCCUCUGCUACUAUGGGGUCUGAUGAAUUUAAAAUGUCAAGAAAGUCUACAAGUAACUUAGAGACUGAUUCCUUCACCAAGGAGGCAUUGCUUCCCUUUGUUCAGAAGUUCGAUGUGUGGCCUAUUCUUAUUCGAGUUGACUAUAUACCCCAUCGUCUAGACCUAGCAGCUCUAAGAGGAGGUAAAUACGUGGAACUUGUCAACCUCGUUCCUUGGAAGGGAGUUGAAUUACAGCUAAAGCAUGUGCAAUCUGUGGGCAUAUAUGGAUGGAGCAGUGUAUGUGAAACCGUUAUAGGGGAAUGGUUAGAAGAUAUUUCCCAAAAUCAGAUACAUAAAGUUCUUCGAGGCCUUCCUCCCAUUAGGUCAUUGGUUGCCGUUGGCAGUGGUACUGCAAAGUUGGUUUCUUUGCCUUUGAAGAAUUACAGGAAAGAUCACAGAGUGCUCAAAGGAGUUCAAAGAGGUACAAUUGCUUUCUUGAGAAGUGUUUCACUUGAAGCUGUUGGGCUUGGAGUACAUUUGGCAGCAAGUGCUCAUGAUAUCCUUCUCCAAGCUGAAUACAUUCUUUCAAGUAUUCCACCGUCAGCACCGUGGUCUGUCCAAAGCAGAACAAAAACCGACCCGAGGUCCAACCAGCCUAAGGAUGCCAGACAAGGAAUUCAACAGGCUUACGAGAGUAUAAGCGAUGGGCUGGGAAAAUCGGCUUCUGCUUUGGUGCAAAAUCCUGUGAAGCAAUACCAACGCGGUGCUGGAGUAGGUUCUGCUCUUGUAACUGCCGUUCAGGCUGCUCCAGCAGCUGCCAUAGCUCCAGCUUCGGCAACUGCAAGAGCUGUACAUUGUGCUCUCCUUGGCAUGAGGAACAGUCUUGAUCCUGAGCACAAGAAGGAAUCAUUAGAAAAAUAUAUGGGCUGUACUCAGCCUUGGGAGCACAUAACAGGGGAUAUGGAGCAAUAGGAGAUUGCUGUAUUAUUUAUGUCAUGUGAUAAAUGAAAAGAGGAAAGGCAUCCAAAUGUGCACUUUAGCCACAACAGAGAAUACCUCUAUUUUGUUUGUGUUAUUGCGUCCUGCAAACUCGAAGAAUGCCUUCCACUUUCGGCAAUCGUGCCAAGAGAGCAGGUCAAGAUUUCAAAACUGAUGUACAUAUGUUGAAGAUAUUGAAAAGAUUCUUUGUCUGAAGAAAAAAGACAGCUGCUGUUCAAAUUGUGAAUAGGAAGUGAUAUUUUCAUAUUUGUUUUUUCACUCAGAAUGAAUGGAGAGCAGAUCCUUCAAGUACAUAUAUCAAUUUCUUUGAUUGGCAUUAUUUUUUAUUACUAGUUCAACUAGUGUAUAGAGAGAGAGAGUAAAAGGUGCUUGAUGUUAUUAUUCUCUUCUAGUGUUCCAUUUGAUGAUCUUCUUGUGUAUAUAACUUAAUGCUUCACCAAUUCAUUUGCCAUUUAAAAUGUUUUUUUUUUU